CAUGAAGCGAUAUGAACUGGUGUUGGACGAGCCUGACAGAGUGUUCUUCUCUGGAGACGAGAUCAAGGGACACGUCGCUGUGACUCUCGACUCCAACAUCACUGUCCAAGGAAUAACAAUUCGCCUGGUAGGUGAGGCGUGCGUAGCUGUACCUGAUACCUUUCGAGCUCCUCGUACUGUGGAUAGAAGAAAACGUUUCAACAACAAAAUCAGCCCUAGCCCUGGUGUCCAUGGUGAAAGUCCUGCGCGAAAAUUAGGAAACGCUGGACCUUUCCAUCAAGGCAAGACCUAUCGAUUCAGCGCCGUCGAGCGGUACUUCCACCACAAGGAAUAUUUGUUUGGACACAAGUAUAGUAGUUUUAAGGAGCAGCUAUGGAAAGGUUCUCACAAUUUUGCCUUUCAAUACACACUGCCUGCCCAGUUGCCUUCAUCAUUUAAUGGUCAUUUUGGAUUUGUCCGUUACUAUUGCGAGUCAUCUGUUGAGAGAUGGCGGAACAAGGAAGUGAAAAGGAUUUAUUUCAGUGUAGCCAACGUUACAGAUAUCAACCAAGUGCCUAAGGCUGAUUGCUCAUCGAAAGACGAGAAAUGUACAAACUCCUGUUUCUUCUGCGUGCCAAGAGGCACCAUCAUAGCAUCGAGCGAAAUUCGACACAGGGGCUACGCCUGUGGAGAGACGGCAAACAUUACCAUCGACAUCCACAACAUGAGUAACAACGAUGUAACUAAAACUACUGUUUCUAUUAUCCAGACUGCCACAUAUACUUGUUCCCAAAAUCUGAGACAUCAAGAGGACGAGCGGAAGGUGCUGAGCCAGGAGCUAGGCUCGGUUCUGCAAAGCGAGUCUGAACACUCGGUGGCAAAGAUGCUGAUACCACCUUUACCUCCAUCCUCGAUCAGUCAGGAUAUCUGCAAGUUGAUCAACAUCCAGUACAGGUUCGAAAUAAAUAUGGAGCUAAAGGAAUCGAAGGGUCAAUUAACUCUUCAAAUGCCUCUUGUAAUUGGAAAUAUUCCUUUAAGGAAGAACUUCGAAAAUCUAGAAGAUGAAUCAUCGUACAAUUACACCAAGCAGUUUAUUAUACCAUUCAAACUCCACAAACAAAGGAAUUUGCCGCAAGUAUGGAGUGAGUUCAGUCAAAAUCCCGAACCGACUACCUGUGUUUACGAGACUACAGAUUUUUGUCCGGCUUAUCCCUUCUACCGAGAAAAGUCCAAAAAUAAACAGUGCAGUCCCAAAGAAACAAGAGUAUAAAUAGUUCACCUGUAUGUCUUCAUAUUCUUGAAUGUCAAAAUGUGUCGUAUAACAAAGUCAGCGCUGGCCGUACAAUGAUAGUUCUAAUUUGAGUCAUAUCUGUGUAAUUUGCGUACUUUCAUUUUCUUCUUCCUUCAAUAGAGGAGUAGGUGUUAUGAAAUUAAGCACGACCUUGCUUCUGAUAGUUCCCGGCUCCGGUUUUUAUAUCCUAUGAAAGGUUCCGGUCACAGGAAUCACUCGACCUACCCAGUCCUCAACGAAUCCCGGAUUCAGACAGCUCUUAACAUCUGGCAGAUCUCGAUCAUAGCUGGGGGUUUCCCAGCUUCAUCCAGUUACCACAGAUUAUGACAACCCCAUCUGAGAGCUCCCAGCCUCUAGGACUUUCCAGCCUUUAGGAGUUUGGCCCCUUUCUCAUCUUCUGGCCGUUCUGAGCCAGGUUCCAGCCUCCAACAGGUUCCGUUUUCGGCAGCCCCUGCCUCUAUCUUUGUUUUGGAUUUUUUCAGAAAACGUAACACGAAUUUGGCUACUGAUCAUCCACAAGGUGUCCAGAGUAAUCAAACAUAUAAAUUUGAUCAUAUGGUUCUGCUCUCUUGUCUCAGAUGGUUUUAUAAAACUAUUCUCGGUUAAAAUGUAUAAUAUAAAAUGUUUUUGCUAAAAUCCAUCCAAAUGUUUUAACCUACGGCUCCGCCCUCUUACUUAAAAAGUACGGUGUAUCGAGAGUUAACAUAUAUCACGUUCAUUCCAAUUAUGGCUGAAACCAUGAGAUACCUGUAGUUGUAGAAAAAGGUAUUGGUCAUGGGGCUCUUCCCCAUCGGUCCUAUUAGUCCCAACAAAUCUGACAUUAUCAUUAACUUGUAGAAUGAUCCCGCCAAAAAGUUGCAUUAAGAAAUGUAGCUGUAAUCGUGAUGAUACAUAUAUAGACAUGUUGCCAUUUACACACUGCAAUAGUUAUAUCAGAAAACUACCUAAAAUGAUACGUAAAGGUGAACAUGAUUAUAAAUGUAUGUGUAUUAUCACAUUUUAUAUCUGUAAAACAAAUCACAGAACACAAAAAUUAAUUUUUAACUAGUUAGAUAUACAUGUAAAUGUUAAAAGAAGCCAUAGUGUACGAUUACUUAUUUCAAAAUGUCAUACCUCAUUUCUAAAAAUACCUUAUCUAAUUUCGUGACUGUAAAUAAUUAAUUACUCUAUAUCAUUACCACUGAUAUUUGAUUAAGUAUCGUUAUAAACUAUUAAGAUCCGUUAUAUAUUGUUGUAUUUAUUUCAAGCUAGUACUUUGAUUUUCUAUACUACCUAUCUGUUCCUGUGUUUCAUUUGCUAUGUACGGCUAGCUCUGACCUGAAUGUAUUAAUGGUGCUUUUCAUGUGUGAAUGAUGUUAAAUUACCUCAAUUAAACAUAUUUUUCUAUGCUUAUUCAAAUUUAUAUUGCAUUAAAAUAAAAACAAUAUAUAAACAACA